AUGGCUGAACUUCGACUGCCAACGGAGCUUCUUCAUCUCGUAUUGAAGCAGGUUAAUUAUGGCGAACAUCUCGAUGCCGCGCAGAAUUCACUUCGUAAUGCUAUAUUGGUGAACCGCGAAUGGGCUGAAGCUGGCUCCUACAUACUGUGGAAAUCCCCGCCAGUGCCGGCACUUGCUGCUGUAUCGCCAGACCGAAGACAGUACUAUGCGAACAAGAUAUCUGAACUGUUCUUCGAGNNGGGAGAAGAGGAGGGAAAGCAUCAUGCGACCUUCAAGGAUUUGAACUUCCCACGCUUGAAGAUCAUUUACAUUGCAAGGGUCAAGCUCAAGAAACAUGAACAGCUACAUCUCACCCAAUAUAUGCAACCGCAGCUGGUGGAGUUCCACUUCUGGGGAGGCGGGAUCUGCGAGAAUGCUCUCUCGACUCUGGCAUCCAAUUGUCCUACCCUCGAAGAACUGAAUCUUGAAGACCCGAUAGAUGACUCCAGCGAGGAGCAGCUUCUUGACUUCUUCAAAGUUCAUGAUUCUCUACAGGUCAUUGACCUCGGCCACGGCUGGGACGAACUGGUUACGCCGGCGCUGUUCGAGGGCUUGGCUAGUCUUAAGAGUUUGGAGAAGCUCGACAUCAGGUGUCUAGUAGAUGAUCAUGCGAUACAGAUGGGUCUAGGAAUGAGUCCUGACCCUUUUAGCAGCCUCCAGAAUCUUCACAUGAGAGUAGAGUCAGGAUCUGUCGCACGAUUAGCUACUGCUGCUCCCUCUGUAUCCAUACUGUUUUUGAUCAUCGAGGACUCUGAAUACGAUGCCCUAGCAUCUCUCGAGCCACUGUCAAAUAUGGUCCACCUUGAGCUGACUUUCCUCGACGAUGCAGAAUUGUCUCCUCAAGGAUUCCGUGCUUUGGAAAAUAUGGAGAGACUGGAAGUCCUCCUGAUUGAAUCGAGAGGNGCAGUGCUCGAAGCAAUGUGGAUGGACGACCACAUAUUCGCUGAAUUUAUCUCGAACUUGCCGAACUUGACCAGCCUCGAUUUUAAGCUGGACUGCGAUAUCACCAUCGAGACACCCACCUCUCUCGCCAGAACGCAUCCAAACAUCGAAAACAUUGAAUUCUUCGGCGAAUUCGAUUUUAGCGAUUGGUCAAGACUGGCCGGACCUCUAUUCGCAAGCUUGGUUAGAUUUGCUAUCGAAGCGCCAUUCAUUGAGGGUCGAACAAGAAGGUGCGAAAUCAUGACGAGACCUACCCGAGGAUCAAACAAUGCUAAAAGUCCUACAGGGCCGCGAGUGCCACAUAUAGCGAGCGAGCUUCACAAAUCGCAAAUGUUUUACUCCGCCAUUGUCCGAUGCUAG